UAAAUCAAGAUGGGGGAAGGAGAGGCUAUUCAAGCCCUUGUUAUUGACAACGGUUCCAGUAGUGUAAAGGCCGGCUUUGGUGGUGAAGAAGCUCCGAAGGCAGUGUUCCCGAGCAUUGUAGGGCGGGAGGGGAAUGAUGUUUAUGUAGGGGAUGAAGCUGAGUCGAGACGAGAUGUUGUCACGUUGAAUCACCCCAUCGAGCGUGGUAUAGUGCGCGACUGGGACGACAUGGAGAAGAUCUGGCACCACACGUUCUACAACGAGCUCCGUGUUGCCCCUGAAGAGCACCAUGUUAUGCUCACCGAGGCACCUCUCCAUAAUAUGGCUAAUAGAGAGAAAAUGACUCAAAUCAUGUUCGACACCUUCAACGUCCCGGCCUUGUACGUUGCUAACCAGGCCGUCCUCGCACUUUAUGCCACUGGUCGCACCACAGGUAUGGUGGUAGAGUGUGGUGAAGGUGUGAGCCACGCGGUUCCUAUAUACGACGAUUAUGCGCUUCCCCAAGCUAUAUUGAGGCUGAAUCUCGGCGGCCGUGAUCUCGAUGCGUAUCUCAUGACUAGCCACACAUCCACUGCGCCAGAAAUUGUCCGCGAUGUGAAGGAGAAGCUCGCCUUCGUUGCACUUGAUUUCGACAAGGAAACUGAAACUAACAACAGCUCCAAGAGCUAUGAGCUUCCCGAUGGUGAGGUGAUGACGGUUGGCGCUGAGAGGUUCGGGUGCCCGGAGGCGCUGUUCCAGCCGUCACUGAUUGGAAAGGAAGAUGUUGUUGGAAUCCACGAAAUGACCUACGACUCCAUCAUGAAAUGUGACAUAGAUAUGAGGAAGGAUCUGUAUGGACACAUCAUUCUCAGCGGCGGAUCCACCAUGUUCCCGGGCUUCGCGGACAGGAUGAGCAAGGAGAUGAAGGCUCUUGCUCCGACCAGCAUGGAGAUCAAGGUGGUCGCCCCCCCUGAGAGGAUGUAUAGCGUCUGGAAGGGAGGAUCCAUCCUAGCAUCUUCUUCACGCCCUCAGAUGUGGAUAACAAAGGCAGAUUACGAGGAGUCGGGUGCUAAGAUUGUUCACAACAAGUGCUACUAA